AUGGCCGACAUUCAGUUUGACAGUGCGCUGGACCUCCUCCGCCGCCUCAACCCCCGCGACACCAAGCAGAACCUGCAGGCCAUUACCAGCAUUGUCCCGGAUCUGACCGAAGACCUCCUGUCCUCCGUUGACCAGCCCCUCGAGAUUCGCCGCUGUCAGAAGACCAACCGCGACUACCUCCUGUGCGACUACAACCGGGAUGGGGACAGCUACCGCUCGCCCUGGAGCAACGAGUUCGACCCUCCGUUGGACGACGGCACGGUACCCAGUGAACGGGUGAGAAAGCUCGAAGUCGCGGCCAACGAGGCGUUCGACGUGUACCGCGAGCUGUACUACGACGGUGGUGUCGGCAGCGUCUACUUCUGGGAUUUGGAUGAUGGGUUUGCGGGUGUGAUCCUCCUGAAGAAGGGCGUGACGCCAGGCGCGAAGAGCUCGGGCGAAUGGGACAGCAUCCACGUCUUCGAAGCGACUGAUCGGGCCCGCAUGUCGCACUACAAGCUGACCAGCACCGUCAUUCUGCACUUGGCGAAUGAGACUGAGGCUCUGGGAUCGAUGGACCUGAGUGGAAACAUGACCCGUCAAGUGGAGGUCGACCUUCCGGUUGAGUCGGACGCCAGCCAUGUGGCUAACGUUGGUCGGCUCGUCGAGGACAUGGAGUUGAAGAUGAGGAACCUGCUGCAGGAGGUCUACUUUGGAAAGGCGAAGGAUGUCGUGGGUGAACUCCGGAGUAAGUCCUCAAGUGAUGAUGCUACUCAGAGACAAGGCGACCCAUCUGGAGAUGAUCCGGUCUAUGCAGCGGUAGUCUGUGUAGACGUUGCUCUGUCAGGAGUAUGA